AUGUUCAUUGGUGACUUUGCGGACAAAGCUGGCCGACGACCAGCAUAUAUUGUGUGCUUCACCAUCUAUAUUGCAGCUAAUAUCGGACUUGCCUUGCAAGACAAUUAUGCAGCUCUUUUUGUUCUCCGAUGCUUGCAAAGUGCAGGGAGCAGUACCACCAUUGCCCUCUCAUCAGGGGUAGUUGCCGAUAUAGCCACUGCAUCACAACGAGGUUCCUACAUGGGACUCGUCACGGCAGGAUCUCUCAUGGGCCCAUCAAUCGGACCAGUGAUUGGAGGCCUAUUGUCUCAAUAUUUGGGCUGGCGGGCCAUCUUCUGGUUUCUGACCAUUUUUGCAGCAGCUUUCAUGGUUCCGUUUCUGGUUUUCUUCCCGGAAACUGCUCGUGGAGUUGUCGGAGAUGGCUCACUACCUCCUCAAAAAUGGAAUAUGCCCCUAAUCAGCUACCUGAAGUCCCGGAAGGCUCGCGAGGGAGGUGUAUCUACAGCGAUCGCCCCCAAGCAGAAACUCAAGUUCCCAAAUCCUUUCCAGACGCUUGCAAUUGUAUUUCAGAAGGAUACCAGUCUCAUCCUCUUCUGCAAUGCUAUUCUUUUUGCUGGUUUCUACGAUGUGGGCGCAAGUAUUCCUUCUAUCUUCAAUGAGCUCUACGGGCUAGAUGACCUUCAAAUCGGUCUGUGCUAUAUACCGUUUGGCCUCGGCGCGACCAUCGCUUCCAUUGUCAAUGGCAAGUUCCUGGACUUCAACUAUCGCCGACUCGCAAAGCAAUUGAACUUCCCACUGACCAAGAACCGCGAAACUGACUUGCGGAACUUCCCUAUUGAAAAAGCUCGUCUUCAGAUUGCAUUCCCUCUUCUCGCAUUAGGAAGCAUAUCCGUCCUUGUAUUUGGUUGGUUCUUGAACUAUGGAAUUCAUCUUGCUGCGCCAACAUGUAUUCUAUUCCUCAUGGGAUUGACCUUGACAGGGGCAUUCAAUACUAUCAGCACACUCCUGGUAGACCUAUAUCCAACGCAAGCGGCCAAAGCCACUGCUGCAAAUAAUAUCGUGCGCUGCUUAUUGGGAGCCGGCGCAACGGCACUCAUCGAUCCUAUGAUUUCUGCCAUGGGUCGAGGCUGGUGUUUCACAUUCAUUGCGUUGGUGAUGAUGGCCACAACGCCCCUGCUUUUGAUCGUGAUUCGAAAGGGGCCGAGUUGGCGUGAAGAGCGCCGUCUGAAAGAGGAAGCUAAGAACACCGGGGAAGAGAAUGCUUCAAGAAGUCAGAAGUGA